CUCUCGGAGGCGCGUCGCGCGAGGCGGGCCAGUCGGCCGAGAAGCUGCCCGCGGCGAGCGCUGCUGCUGCUGCUGCUGCUGCUGCUGCUGGGAGCAUGACUUUUCGAGGCUGAGCCAGUGGCACUUCCAGGAGGGCCCGCCGGCACUCGAUAGCGGCGAUGGAGAACGCGGCCAGGAAGCAGUUCGACCUCCUCGACGGCCUCGUCUUCGCGGGGAUGCUCGGCGUCUCCGCUCUCGUCGGCGUCUACCAGGCCUACAACUCGCGGAAGAACCCCAACGCCGUGAAGGAGUACCUCGUGGGCGGGCAGAACAUGUCCAUCUUCCCCAUAAGCAUGUCGCUCAUCGCCAGCUACAUAUCGGGCAUCGCGAUCCUGGGACUGCCCGCCGAGAUGUACGUCUACGGCACGCAGCUCUGGUGCAUCGUAAUCGCCGACUGCUUCGUCUCGCUGACCAUGGCCAUCGUCUACCUGCCCGUCUUCUACGGCCUGCGGAUCACCUCCUCCUACGAGUACCUGGAGCUGAGGUUCAACCGCGUGGUGAGGCUCAUCGGCUCCUUCAUCUUCCUCCUAAAAAUGCUGCUCUACAUCCCGCUGGUCAUCUACGUGCCGGCGCUGGCGUUCAACCAAGUGACCGGCGUCAACCUGCACGCGAUCGCCUCGGUCGUCUGCGCCGUCUGCAUAUUCUACACGACGCUGGGCGGCCUGAAGGCGGUCGUGUGGACCGACGCGAUCCAGACGAUCGUCAUGUUCGGCGGCGUGAUCGUGGUUGCGCUGCUGGGAACUGCCCGGGCCGGAGGCUGGUCCGAGGUCUGGAGGCGCAACCUCGAGACCGGCCGCAUCGAGUUCUUCAACAUGGACCCCAACCCGACGGUCAGGCACACCUUCUGGACGGUCGUGGUCGGGAACUACCUGAACUGGCUGGCGACCUGCUCCGUGAACCAGGCGAUGGUCCAGCGAUGCCUCGCCAUGCCGAACCUCAAAAAGUCCAACAUCACGAUAGCGAUCAUGGCGGUGGGCAUCGUCGCGAUAGUCUCGCUGAGCUGCUACACGGGCAUCGUCAUCUUCGCCGCCUUCUACGACUGCGACCCCGUCUCCAGCAAGCAAAUCCGCAAGCCGGACCAGCUGCUGCCGUUCUUCGUGAUGGAGCUGGCGCAGGCGAUACCGGGCCUGCCGGGGCUCUUCGUCUCCGGCGUCUUCAGCGCCGCACUGAGCACCAUGUCGACGGGCCUGAACUCGAUGUCCGGGGUCAUCUACGAGGACAUGAUAAAGCCCUGCCUGAGGAAGCCCAUGUCGGAUGUGGCCGCCAGCCGCCUCAUGAAGCUCACGGUCCUCCUCGUCGGAGUCGUCUGCCUCGCCCUCGUUCUGCUCGUCGAGAAGCUCAGCGGCCUCAUUCAGGCCGGCAAGAGUCUGUCCGGCAUCACCGCGGGCCCGCUGCUCGGCAUCUUCACUCUCGGCAUGUUCUUCCCGUUCGCCAACUCCAGGGGCGCGAUAGCGGGCGCCUUGGUCAGCCUGAACCUGGUCGCGUGGAUCUCCUUCGGGACGCAGGCGGCGCUGGCCAGUGGGAAGAUACGCUUCCCGGUCAAGCCCGUCUCGCUCGACGGCUGUCCGGACGGCCUCAAGCUCGGCGCCGCCAAUCUCACCCUCGUCCUUGACAGCGCCGCCGCCGAAGAGACGCCCUUCUUCCUCUACCGGAUGUCCUACCUCUGGUACACGUGGGUCGGCUUCUUGACCGCGAUCAUAGUCGGACUGCUGGUGUCCUGGAUCACCGGGCCGAACAACUACAAGCCCGCGGACUACAAGCUCUACACGCCGCUCAUUCGGGGCUUGCUCUGCAGGGGCAAGGAUACCAAGGCUGACGCGGCGGAGCUAGAGAAGAUCGACGAACGGUCCUCCAAGUGCUAGCAUUAUAAUUUUAUAAUAAAAACUACUCAUAAGUA